AUGACAGUCUCCAACUCAUGCACGCCUCGUAAUGAAUCGGUGAAAGUCGUUAUAAUUCGUGUCUCUUUCUCUCUCUCUCUCUCUCUCUCUCUCUCUCUCUUGUUUUCCAUAUUACUCUCUCGCUCUCUCUCUCUUGCUUUUCAUAUCUCUCUGGCUCUUGUUUUCAGUGUCUCUUUCUCUCUCUCUCUUGUUUUCCAUAUUACUCUCUCUCUCUUUCUCUCUCUCUUGUUUUCCAUAUUACUCUCUCUCUCUCUCUUUCUCUCUCUCUCUCUCUCUUGUUUUCCAUAUUACUCUCUCUCUCUCUCUUGCUUUUCAUAUAUCUCUCGCUCUUGUUUUCAGUGUCUCUCUCUCUCUUGUUUUCCAUAUUACUCUCUCUCUCUCUCUCUUUCUCUCUCUCUCUUGUUUUCCAUAUUACACUCUCUCUAUUUCUCUUUCUCUCUCUCUCCUCUCUUGUUUUUCAUAUUACUCUCUCUCUCUCUCUCUUGCUUUUCAUAUCUCUCUCGCUCUUGUUUUCAGUGUCUCCUUCUCUCUCUCUCUUGUUUUCCAUAUUACUCUCUCUCUUUCUCUCUCUCUCUCUCUUGUUUUCCAUAUCUCUCUCGCUCUUGUUUUCCUUCUCUCCUUUUCGACGCUUUUUGUUCGUUUGAAUUCCUUGUUGCAUCUUUUUUGAAUUUUAUUUCUUACACUCUCUUAAAAUUCUUUUUUUAUUAUUCUUUUCUCAAAAUCAUUUUCUUUUCCUUUCUUCACUUCCUUUUAUCGACAAUUCUCUCACUCUCAUUCAUUCUCAUUAUAUCUAUUUAUCUUCUCUCUUUCUCUACUUCUCUCUUUCUCUUUCACUUCGUCUUAUAUUUUUCUACUUUUCUUUUUGUUCUCUUUAUCACUAUUUCUCUCAUUUUUAUUCUUUUCUUUUUCUUCGACAUUUCUUUCUUUGUUAUAAUUUUCUUUUACUUUUGUCAUUUUAUUUUUUGUUCUUUUUUCAUUUUUUAUUUAUUUUUUCAUCACUUUCCUUUCUAUUUUCCUUCCGUUUUCUUCUUUCUAUCUUUCAUUCUUUUUCUCGUCUUUUUUUCUUUUUCUCGUUUUAACGCCUUUUUCUUUUCGUUUCUUGUUGUUUUCGCAUUUUUUAUGUUCCCUCUCUCCUCCUUUAUCUUCAUACUUUUUCCAUUCUCUCCUUCCGUUUAUGUUCACUUUUCCUCUUCGUCCUUCUUCGUUAUUUUCUUUCUUAAUUUUUCCUAUCUGCAAUUUGUUUUAUUUUUUUUACUCUUAUUUUUUUCUUCCAUUUUCUUUUACUUUCUUUCUUCUUUUUUACCCUUUUUUUCUCGCUUCUUUCUUUUGUCUUUCUUCACUCCUUUUCUUUUCAUCCUGUCUUUUUCGUCACUUCCAAUUUUCAAUUUCCUCUUAAAACAAACUUCUUCAGUAAACGUAUUUUUCUUCUUAAACAGCACGCCCCUUAUUGUCAACCAUCUUGGAGAAACUAAAUCUUUCAAGCCCGUCAAUCUCACUUCGGAUUCACUUAAUAUCAUUCUGCCUUAUUCUUCCUACCAAGCCAUUCUCCCUCCGCUAUUGUCUUUCUUUAAGCCAUCAGAAUUAAGAGCCACAAGAGAAAACUUAUUUGAAAUCAAUCUCUCUCUCUCUCUCUCUCUCUCUCUCUCUCUCUCUCUCUCUCUCUAA